CACGUAAAUGCCAUACUCCAAUAUAUUCUGUUUUGGAUAUUCCUUUCUUCGCUUUCCCUCCCAAUUCUUUUUUCUUUUUUAUUAUAUUUUACUUACAAAUUCUCCCUUGCAGUUUAUUUUUUUAGCAUUCAAAGACAAUUUACUCGGUUAAGCUCAGGGAUUUCAAAUCAGAUUUUCUCCGUCGACACAUGAUAAAUGGACUUGAAGUUUAUUAAUAGGAGACAUAGUUUACAUCGAAUUUAUUAUGAUCACCGGUGAUUUCUGUCUGAAUUUAGUUUGAGCAGGCGAUCUGUUGUUUUUCCAAUACUGUUAAUCAAAAGCUUCUGUCACAAUUUCCAUCAGAAGUUCUCGUACAUUGUUGCUCCAAGUAUCUGUUUUUGCUGGUGCUACCUGAAAUCUAUUUCCCAGUCAUUUAGCGGGAACAGGGAUUUGGCCGGAGGCUUGGGCUGAUCGAGAUUCAUUUCACCAUGAUCCCUGUCGUUUGAUAUAGAAUGAAGCAGUAGGCGGGUCAAUUAAUCGAUGGAGUUUUAGAGUCCUAAUACUGCGAUAGCUUACGGGACAACUGGCAGCGUGCGUUUGAUCGCCAAUGACCGACGCGUUGGUGUCAAUCGACGGAAAAAUUAAAAUUUCUGGCAAUUGGCGCGUAUCUUUUGGCACUCGGAAAACACCGUUUUGCCAUGCAAUGCAUGGCCGUAGGCGAUCUUGAAAUAGUAAAAUUCAGAAGGGUCAAUUACCGAGUUUCGGAAAAGAUUACUUUUAGAGUUCUCGUAUGUUCUGGUAAUUGACAGAAUGUCUGAGGCUUUGAUCAAUGGUUUGGCUGGCGCCGCAGGAGGGAUUGUGGCGCAGUUGAUCACAUACCCUUUGCAAACGGUUAAUACAAGGCAACACACUGAGAGGAAACUGAAAAAAGCUUCAGAUGAAGAUUUGGAGAAUAUAUCCGAAAAGAAGCUGCAGAAGCACCAUGGAACUCUGCAUCUAAUGUGCCAGGUUAUUAGGGAUGAAGGUUGGUGUAGAUUGUAUGGUGGGCUUAUGCCUUCUUUGGUGGGUACAGCAGCAUCUCAGGGUAUCUACUAUUAUUUUUAUCAGAUCUUUCGAAGCAAGGCAGAGAAAAUUGCUCUUGACCGAAGAAAAAAUGGUAAAGGUGAUGGUUCAGUUGGAAUGCUUUCUUCUCUUCUUGUUGCAGCAUUUUCUGGGUGUUUGAACGUAUUGUUUACAAAUCCAAUAUGGGUUGUUGUCACACGCAUGCAGACACAUUCAAAAGUUCAAAAGAGACAUUUGCAUGCGAAGGAUGAUAAUUCUACUCAUCUGAUUACUGAGCUUCCUGCAACUUCUACAACUGAUAUAUUUGUCCCACAGUUGACAGAAGUUCAUCAUUUUGGAACAGCACAUGUGGUACAAGAGGUUUAUGAUGAAGCAGGACUUAUGGGAUUCUGGAAAGGAGUUAUGCCAACUCUUAUAAUGGUGAGUAAUCCAUCCAUUCAGUUUAUGCUUUAUGAGACUUUAUUAAAACGCCUUAGAGCCAAACGUGCCCUGAACAAGCCAGGCCUCCAGAGCAUAAGUGCCGUAGAGAUUUUCUUACUUGGAGCACUCGCGAAACUUGGUGCGACUGUCACAACAUAUCCUCUAUUGGUUGUUAAGUCAAGGCUUCAGGCAAAACAGCAAACCGGUAGUGAUAAUGCACAUCAAUAUACAGGUACUUUGGAUGCCAUUGCAAAGGUGAUUCACCAUGAAGGGUUGUCUGUGCUUUAUAAGGGCAUGAGCACAAAGAUAGUGCAGAGUGUACUUGCAGCUGCAAUACUUUUUAUGAUUAAAGAGGAGCUAGUAGAGGCUAUUCGUAAAAUGGUAUCAAGGAACCAAAAAUUGAUUAAAUAGGGAAGAAUCCGACCCUAUUUGGUUAUUUAUUUGAAUCAGAUUUGCAAAAUGAAAAAAAUCUUUUUAACAUUUAGUGUGGAUAACAUGUCUGCUUUCCACAUUUAAACCAUAAUUUGUUGAAUAUGGUGUCAAGCGGUAGUCUAUUGGAUGAAAGGUUCUGGUUUAUUUAACCAUUUAAAAAUGUACAUGGCAUUAUUUGCUCUUGCAGCAGAACGAAUAAACGUUUUUAACAUUUUGUAUAUCAUACAAUAAUACAUGUCUCCUUAGCCUCUCGCUAAUUAAAUUAAA